AUGGAAGAGCUUUGUUGCACCUUCGCUUCUUGCAAAAAUCCAGCAAAAUACAUUUGUGACUGCAAUUCAGCACAAUUUUGUAAAAUCCAUAUACCUGAGCAUAAAAAAUUGUCUAGUCAGCCUCACUCAAUUGAGCCUUUAUUUUAUGCACCAAAUCCUGAAACAAAGGCUAUUAUUAUUAAAGAGAUAAUAAAGGCUGAAACUAAAUUAAACGAAAAUGAAGCAAAGCUUUUUGAGUCUCUUUCUCAUAUGAUUUCUAAUUUAGAAAAUUUAGUCAAAAGCGUGGUGAUUAGCACAGAAUUGAAUCUUAAUAAAAGCUUGACGACGAUUAAACAAGCUAUAACUAAGAGCCGCUAUUAGCUUGCAUUUUGUUAUAGAUUCUCUGCCAGUUUCUUGAUAUAAAAUGCAAAUUUGUAGAUAGUGAAAUUACAGUUAGGUAAUGUUUCUCUAUCAGUUAUAUGGCAUAAAUGAGCUUAAGGCCAGCUAUAAGCAAUACUUAGCUGUAAUUCCUCAAACGAUAAAAAAUUUUGUUAAUGAAAUUGUACGUAGCUGUCAAACAUAGAUACAUAAUAUUACUAUCUGCUAUGGAAAUAUUUUAACUUUAUGGUUCUAUGGCUAUUUAAAAUAUUAUAUAAGCAAAAUUAAAAAAAAAUAGUCUAUGAGGAACUAGUUUUCCAAAAUUAUUAUUUUACAAUAUACUGCUCACACUCAAAGGGGACUAAGAAAGUUUCUAGAUUAGAAAAAAAUCCUAUUUUAAAUUUAUUAACACAUGAUUCAAAAGAAGCUAUGGGGAAUCUCAGACUCAUUUUAGAGUCUGAGUUUGAGCUUAAACUGGCCCAAAUUUUAGAAAUUGCGAAAAAAAUUGAAGAAGAAGCAGAAUAUUUUCGACCAUCAAUGGAUAUAAUUUCACCUAUACCGUUUACUCGAAGUUAGACUGCUCUUGAGUUAUAUCUUUCCUGCAACUUGAAGUCAGAAAAAAUCAUUAAUUUAUGAAUUAAAUUAUUAUAGAGAAGCUUCAGCAAAUUUGAAAAAGAUAUUUGUUUAGCACUAAGCCCUUGCUCACUAAUCUGACUCCACAGCCAAAGCUUGUGUUGAUAUCCGGGCACAUGCAUUAUGUCAGCAAGGUUGCCUUUUUGGAAAAAAUUCCAAAAUCGAAUUUUCUUAUCAGGCUAUUGCCCAGAUGAAAUUUAUAGCCCAGGACCCAAGUUCCGAUAUCGUGCUGGAUAAUUUUCUGAUUGGAAAACAGAGGCUUCUAACUUACUGGGAUAUUUUUCCAUCUUCCAAGUUCCAUCUUCCUCAGAGUAAUACCUUGCGUUGGAUAUGAGCCUGCGGUCGAGGAAAAACGACACUGCACUUCACCAGACAAAGUAAAACCCGCGCCAGAGGAUAGAAAAUCUGAGCCUAGUUCUCAAACUAAGGACAAUAUUUAUAAGCAGUUAAUUUCCCAUAUGUCUGCAAUCAUUUUUACGAAUAUUCCAAAUUACUAUGACGAGGUUUUAUUAAAAUUACUUAACGACGGCGCUGCAUUUGACUCCUCAUUAGACAUUAAUGAUUAUGCCAGGCUAAAAGCUAAUUUAAAUAGACUAAAAAAACCUGAGCCAGCAAAAGGGGGCAGUAAAAAAUGCGGCCAUCAACUGCUGCUCUGUAAGCCUUCGUGUGGGUACGACCAUUGUGCUCAUUGCUUAAAAGUAAUAAUAGACCAUGCCAAAGUGAAAAAUACAAUAGCUAAUUGCGAGCAUGGACAAAAAAUAAGUCCAUGAGAAGUGAAAGGCUUAGAAAGCCUUUUAAGGACUGAACAAGUUGGAGGAGACAAUACAGGAAUUCCGAAAGGAGAAAAAAUGUAUCCUUGCAGUCUGGCUCCUUCACAAAUGAAGCCUCCACAAGGUAAUUAUUCAAACAAUUUUUCUCCACAAAUGAAUCAAGCACCUCCUAAAUUAAGCGCAAUGCAACAGAAGCCUCCAGCUUAUCAAGGCCCAAGUAUACUAUCAGGCCCAAGCAUGCAGCCAGGCUCAAGUAUGCAGCCAAGACCAAGUAUGCAAUCAAGCUCAAGUAUGCAGCUAAGAUCAAUCAUGCAACCAAGCUCAAUUAUGCAAUCAGGCCAAAGUAUUCAACCAGGCCAAAAUAUGCAAACGGGCCAAAAUAUGCAACGUGGCCAAAAUAUGCAACCAAACUCAAAUAUGCAACCAAACCAAAAUAUUCAACCGGGCCCAAAUAUGCAACCAAACCCAAGUAUGCAACCAGGCCCUCAAAUACAGUAUGUGAAUUGAAAUAUUUCACCAAAUUAUUCUCAGUCUGGAACGUAUAAUCCUACUAAUCAAUCCCAAUUUCCCACAAAUUCAGUACCACAGAACAGAAACUCUGCCUUUUUUAUGAAUCCGCCACAGUUACAGCUACCCCAAAACCAGCAAUGAACUCCUUCUUAUUCAGUUCCAUUCCUCACAGGCCAAGGAUAUACAGGAAAUCCUCAAGGUGGAGUGCUAAAUGCCCCAAAUUCAGGAAUUCAGUGCUACCAAUGUGAGCAAAUUAUGUCUUUUGAUGAUUUUUCUAUUGAUUGCCCUAGCCAUACAACUUGCAAUAUUUGCAGGGUCCAGGAUGUAACCAAAUGUAUUAAUUGUGAGAGAGGCUAUUCUGAUAAUGAAUCUGAACUCUUAGUGCAAUUCGUGCUUUACUUUAAUAAUUAA